AUGGCUCGUGGCACCGGAAAACGAGGUGCGAGGCCUGCAGCCACCUCAAUUGCCAACGCAAAGCCACAACAACCUACUGCCUCUGGACCUCCUCCACCUUUUCAAUAUGCCCCAGCCUUCCUUCAACCAUUUCUCUCCACCCUCCCUACCGAUCACAUAUACCUUGUUCAUUCAGACCACACUUCUCCGAGCCUCAAAAGACGAGUCUUCGUCGUGCCCGUCAUCUUGAACCUCUUCAUCACGAUUGGACUAUGCGUGCGCAUUUACUAUGCCGCGCCAAUAUAUCUUGAACAAAUCAUUACAAUUUUCGGAUAUGAUACGGCAUACAAGGUGGACACCAAGGCGGCGAAAGCAACAGAACUUAUGAAUACCAUCAGCUCCAGAACAUUUCUGUUGAUGCUCGAUUAUGCUAUCUUCGCAUUACUUGGGAGCUGGCCCAGGGAGUUCAUGUUUGGCAGCAAGGCGUCUAGAUUUGUGGGACCAUUCGAAUGGAGGGCCACGAUAGGUUUCAAGGAUACAGAGAUCAUUGUUCGAAGAGGAAGGAGAUGGGACACCCCCUUACUCACGAGCGAGAACCCGGAUCAAGUCAAGACGUGGGAGACGGAUGAAGAAUUGACAAUCAGAGUCAAAAUUGAUCCGGCUAUGCGGGCGUCCUACCUAGCAAAGACAGGAUAUUUACUUCUUGACAAGGACUGGGAUCUCGAUUUCAAGGCCAUGUUGGAUGCCCACAGAUUAGUGGAGAAAGGAACCAUUCAACUGAAGGACUUGGAAAAUCUGUGCCUGGUAUAUUAUCAGAAACAAUGGUUGAUCUGGCGUGUCCAUGAGGCUGCUGGGAUCAGUCCGCACGAACAGGGGCAAGACAGCGUUCUGGAGAAGUUUAGAAGCAGACUUGCAGAUCUGGGAGCCGAGGAUGUCUUUUUCCGUUGGAUUGAGAUUGUGCAAUUUGAGACUUCUCAACCUGGUGGGUUUACAGAAGGAAAACAAGCUGACGCGAUCCGGGAAUUGAAGAAGCUACUGACCAAGAGGGGUGUGGAUUAUGGUCAGUUUUGGGAAGACAUUGGUGGACAAGCCGGUCUGCCUGGAUUUGACGUGCAAAACCAGUCAUGA